CUAGCGCAGUUGCUGAUUUUGGUCGGGCUGUGAAAGACGUGUUGUCAAAGAUGUCUUAUCAGAAUACAAUGUCGGCCAAACAGGCCUCCAGGGAGCACGUUUUGGCGGUUUCCCGUGACUUCGUCUCACAACCAAGACUCACUUAUAAAACCGUGACUGGUGUAAACGGCCCAUUGGUAAUUUUGGACGAUGUCAAGUUCCCCAAAUUCAACGAAAUCGUCCAGCUUAAACUGGCUGAUGGUAGCAUACGGUCAGGGCAAGUACUGGAAGUCAGUGGCUCGAAAGCCGUCGUCCAGGUAUUCGAAGGGACUUCGGGGAUCGACGCCAAACACACGGUUUGUGAGUUCACGGGGGACAUCUUGAGGACACCGGUGUCGGAAGACAUGUUAGGGCGAGUGUUCAACGGCUCAGGCAAACCCAUUGACAAAGGUCCGCCAAUUCUGGCUGAAGACUUCUUGGACAUCCAAGGCCAGCCCAUCAACCCCUGGUCGCGUAUCUACCCCGAAGAAAUGAUCCAAACCGGCAUCUCCGCCAUCGACGUGAUGAACUCCAUCGCCCGUGGUCAAAAAAUCCCCAUUUUCUCGGCUGCCGGUUUGCCCCACAACGAAAUCGCCGCCCAGAUUUGUAGACAAGCCGGUCUUGUCAAACUCCCCGGAAAAUCGGUUCUCGACGACCACGAAGACAAUUUCGCCAUCGUUUUCGCCGCUAUGGGUGUCAAUAUGGAAACCGCUCGUUUCUUCAAGCAAGAUUUCGAAGAAAACGGCUCUAUGGAGAACGUGUGUUUGUUCUUGAACUUGGCCAACGACCCGACCAUCGAAAGAAUUAUUACGCCCCGUCUCGCUCUAACCGCGGCCGAAUUCAUGGCGUACCAAUGCGAAAAGCACGUGUUGGUCAUCUUGACUGACAUGUCUUCGUACGCCGAGGCCUUGCGUGAGGUAUCAGCCGCUCGUGAAGAAGUACCCGGUCGCCGUGGUUUCCCCGGUUACAUGUACACCGAUUUGGCCACAAUUUACGAACGUGCUGGUCGUGUAGAGGGUAGAAACGGUUCGAUUACUCAAAUUCCAAUUCUUACUAUGCCUAACGACGAUAUCACUCAUCCUAUUCCCGAUUUGACUGGUUAUAUUACUGAGGGGCAAAUCUACGUAGAUCGUCAACUCCACAACAGACAGAUCUAUCCACCAAUCAACGUGUUGCCGUCUUUGUCGCGUUUGAUGAAGUCCGCUAUUGGUGAAGGUAUGACAAGGAAAGAUCACUCAGACGUGUCUAAUCAACUGUACGCUUGCUACGCCAUCGGUAAGGACGUCCAAGCCAUGAAGGCCGUCGUCGGUGAAGAAGCUUUGACCCCUGACGAUCUCCUAUAUUUGGAGUUCUUGUCGAAAUUCGAGAAGAACUUCAUCACACAGGGUAGCUAUGAAAAUCGUACCGUUUUCGAGUCGUUGGAUAUUGGCUGGCAGUUGCUGCGUAUCUUCCCCAAGGAGAUGUUGAAACGUAUUCCAGCAGCCACUCUGGCGGAAUUUUACCCAAGAGACUCACGCCAUUAGUUUUUUUGUUAUUAUACCUCAUAGGUUUGUUUUAAAGUCCACUUAUUUUUAGCCAUAUUGAGCCAAUUACGGUGCAAUUUUGUAAAUAACUAAAACAUCUACGACCGUACUUCAUUCUUCUUCAUUUGUAUAUUGUAAAUUGCAAAGAUUAUAUUUUAUUUGACUUAUGUUUUAAAAAGUAGAAAAAGAAGACAAUAUGUAUAAUAUCACGAUAGGUAUUGAUAUUAUUGUUAUCUAUUAUUAGCACAAUUUUCUUUAUUAAGAAUUCAAAGUGGAAAGCGAUAACAUUCCAUUACAUUAUAAUUCUUGUUAUUAAAUGUUGUAUAAAGCAAUACACCUACCAGCUUUCAGUAUUUUUUAGUUGUACAUUACGUGGUGAAUGGAAACUGCUAUGUAGCAUUCGACAACUCUUCUUUUGGUGUUAUUAUAAGCGAACAACCUAUUAUCUUUAGAUUAGUGUAAAAAUUGUGAAUAAAUGUAUGUUAACGGUUUCUAGAUUUGUCAUGUUCAAAUUGUUUUAUUAGAGAAUGGAGUUUAUGUUUUAUGUGAAAUCUUGUUGAAUAAAUGCUGUACAAAAUA